CGAGCCUGGCGUGCGGCGGCGCCUGGCAGCGCGGCGGUAGAAACAGGUGACUGGGAGAGAGAAGAGACCUUGUGUUAAUCAUGUCCAGGAGAAGAUCAGAGAGCAGAAGCCUUUCGGGUUUGUUGUCUACAUCUCUUCAGACGCAAAUCAGGACAGAUAAUUUUCACAACUUUUAUGUGCUUGAACCUGAGGAGCUAGGAAGAGGAAGAUGUGGGGUGGUUAGAAAAUGCAUAGCUAAAUCCACAAACCAAGAAUACGCAGCUAAAUGUAUGAAGAAAAGGAGAAGAGGGCAAGACUGUAAAGCAGAGAUUUUACAUGAAAUUGCAAUCCUUGAAUUAACAAAAUCUAGUCCUCAUAUAAUUAAUCUCCACGAAGUCUAUGAAACAGCAAAUGAGAUCAUCUUAGUGUUGGAAUAUGCUGCCGGAGGUGAAAUUUUUAACUUGUGUGUCUCGGACCUAGAUGAGAGAAUUGGUGAAAGUGAUAUAGCCAGACUUAUUCGACAAAUACUUGAAGGUCUCAUCUGUCUGCAUGAGAAUAAUAUUGUGCAUCUAGAUUUAAAGCCCCAGAACAUCCUGUUGAGCAGUUUGCAUCCUCUUGGUGAUGUAAAAAUUGUAGAUUUUGGUAUGUCUCGGAAGAUUGAGAGUGCUAGUGAACUGCGGCACAUCAUGGGAACCAUAGACUAUCUAGCUCCAGAAAUCUUAAACUACGAUCCAAUCACCACAGCUACAGAUAUAUGGAACAUCGGCAUAAUCUCGUAUAUGCUGCUGACUCAAGAAUCUCCAUUUGCAGGAGCUGAUAAGCAAGAAACUUUCCUUAAUAUCUCCCAAAUUAAUGUGGAUUAUUCUGAUGAAACUUUUGCAUCAAUUUCACAGCCUGCCAAGGACUUCAUUCAAAAACUUCUUGUAAAAAAUCCAGAGGAAAGACCAACAGCAGAGGCUUGUCUCUGUCAUUCUUGGUUGCAGCAAGGGGAGUUCAUACUCCUGUACAGUCCUGAAGAAAAUUCCUGCCCUUUUCUGGUACCAGACCAUACAGCAAGGUCUUCAGAGGAGAAGAAUACAAAAUCUAUUUGUAAUGGUACCUGCAGCGACAGAGAAGAUAAAGAGAACAUUCCAGAGGACAGCAGCACAGUCUCCAAACGUUUCCGGUUUGAUGAUUCAUUGCAACAUCCUCAAGACUUUGUGACAGACUUUGUAUGUUAACAUGACUAUUUAUGCAGGUUCUCUGAAAUUAGAUUUAGGAUAAUCUAUUCCAGAGACUAAUUUUAUAACAUGUGUUGCCCAUUCCUACAGAGUGGCUAUGCUGGAAGUGCACUUUUGAUGCCUAUGCUGGUGCUCCCUUUAAUGGCAUUGCUGGCAAUGGACUUCACUGAGCAAAACUGGAGUUCUGGCACUAACUUCUCUUUUGACUGAGCUAUAGUUGAAAAUGGUUUGCACUUUUCAAGUUUUAGUCCAAAAAAGAUAUUAGUGUUUAAUAUAAAGAGGAUUAAAGGAAUGCAUGGAGCUAGCUGAACAACUUGGGCAUAGUCAAGUCAAAGACUAAGGCUUGCUACCUGAUCAGAACUGGGGAAAUGAAACUAGUUUUUGGUAGUCUUUUCCUACAGAAGUGCUUCCCAAACUUCCUCACUAUGAACCCAUUCCCUCAGCAUGGCCCCUCACUCCCAACCCACAGCCCUCUGCACCCCCCAGUAGUGGCCAAGUUCCAGCUACCACCCAUGGGAGCAUGGAGCCCGGCUCCUCCCCCACUCCCUCCCCCUGCUGGUGUCACAGCUAGAGCAGAGCCUGUGGGGUAGUGGGGAGGAUGCAGACUGCCUGCUGCAGUCUUGGGGCUCCCUGCCCUACUGCCCACCCCACACGGGCUCUGCAGCCCAGUUGGCAGGACCCAGUAUGGGAGGGAGCUCUGCGCUACUGUGGUUGCCAAGGUGAGGUGUCCCCUGCCCACCCAGCAGCAGUUUGGGGGGUGGGCCACAGCAAUAUGCUGCUGCUGUGCUUCACUUCGCUAAGCAGAAUGGCACUCCCAUCCUGCACCAGAUCCUGCCCACUGGGUUGCAGAGGUGGCUCCUGCCUGGAGCUGGUCCAGCCCCAUGCCCCAUUAUGUGCAGAAACCUUGGGGGGUGGGGAGGGGCGUGCCCCCUGCUCUCCCUGUGGCCCCCUGCUCUCCCAAUGCAUUGCCUGUGCCCCCUCCUCACCAUAGACUUACCUGGAGGGAUCUGCCGGAGCAACUCUCCACUGCUGUUUGGUUUACGUGUGCAUGUAUGCAUGCAUGUGCAUGUGGUGCUCCCUGCUUCCCCAGCCCCAAGGAGCCCCUUGCUGGCUGGAACUCUACCAGCCUGCAAAGGGAAGCCUGCAUUUUCCUGUGUUUUUCUCACUCUGGAAAACCUAAAUCCCUGUUUAUCACGACCCCAUCCGUUAAUGUUGCGACCCCAUUUGGAGUCUUGACCCACAGUUUGGGAGCUGCUGCCCUACAGUGACUGCUCUCAUCAGUUCUCAAUGUUUUUUAACUGAAUUGAUGCUAAAGCUAAAAUUAAUGGAUGUCUUGGGAUAUAGUGUUUUAAUGAACAAGUGCCUUUUCUAUCUAGAACAGUUGGCAGUCGUUAAGGAUAGUCUUUUUGCCUUUGCUAACUGGUUCCCCCUGAGUAUGUGGUAUGUAACAUAUGUUGAAUCAUUGCAAUAUUGGAGUAGAAUAUGGGUAGGUUGUUAGUUUUAAUGCUGAAGAUUUGGUUUAUGUCGACAGCUCUAUCAAAAAGGGUAAAAAGUACUAUACUGAAAUACAUAUUAAUUGACAGAGCGCUUAUUGCUUGGCAUCAUAAUGUCAUCCUUUUCUAAAUCUAGGUUUCAUUGGAAUUAUCAUUCCAGUAAACCAUAAGAAUUCCUAUACCACAAUAUUUUUAUCUGGGAAGUUUUUAAAUGGUAUGAAGAAUAGACUAAUAGACAUUUAUUUUCCAUAUAGCUGUGAUGCACCUGCAUUGUAGGAAUCUGAUUGGUUAGCAACAACAAAAAAAGAAUGGAGUAGAAAGACUUUGAUUUUUGCUUACAAAGCAAUAUUUAUUUAAGAAAUAUGUAUAUUUUUUGAGACCUACGUUCAUGUUGUGAAAUUACCCUUAAAGGUUUUGGGAUUUAAAAACAAAGCUUUAGUGCUUAUAAAAUCUUUCAUAAUUUUUAGAGAACACUUGUUUCCAUUUUCUCUUGCUUUUAAACUGCAGAUAAGCAAAGGUGUUGUUUUCACCCACCUCCUUAUUUCUAGGCUCUGAUAAAUACUCCAAAUUUUCAGCUGAGUAGAUGGUGAUGAGGGUAUAAACUCCUGAUAAGUGUGUGUGGGGGAGGGGGGGGUUCCUUCAAAUACUGACAAAAUGCACUCUUCACCCCAAUAGCAAUAACAAUUUGAGUCUUCUCACAUAAGAAUGUAAGUAUUAAACUCUUUGAAAUAUGAUGAGAGUUAAUAGCACUUUAAAGUACUUUCAGGGUCUUCCAGGCUACAGAGUUAAAUCAGAUCCUGUGGAUGUCUCUUGUCCAGCCCAAUUAAGUAUCACAAUUCUGAUUUAUCUUGCGUUUCCUCGGAUGUGGUUGUCGACCCUGACAGUAUUUCAACAUUGUUAACUAAAAUUGAAGGAAAACAUGUAAAUACCAUUAUAAACAUGCAAUAAAAGGCUGCAUUAUAUUUUAGCAAAAGGGGUGAAUUAUUUUUUUAAUCAUGUGGAUCUAUUUUAAUGGCACUUCUGUUGGUACAGAUUGACGUUAACCUGAGUAAGAAGUUCAAGAUCAGGCCAUUAGCUAAUCUGUUAAAAUCCACUUUUUUGCCAUGUUCAAACAAGAUAUUUUUUUGUGAUAUCUUUCAAUACCGAGUGGAUUCAAGUAUGAACCUACCUGAGGGGCCUAGGUGUUAGGGGCCUUCGCUAUUAACUCUUAUACAUAUGAACAUAUUGUUUUUUAUAUAUUUAUUAUAAAGAAAUAAUAACAUGAUUUUGCAAGAGAGGUAGUUGCUGCAGUAGAUAGAUUGACUUUAGAGCUCGCUCUUUCUCUCUCUCAAAUUGUGUAAAAGCCAUAAUUUCUAAAAUGGAUAUCUUGCAUUUAAAACUAGCUAACAAAAACAAAUUAUAUUAAAUCAGUUUAAAUAUUUUUUUUUUAAGUUUACAAAAUAUUUGAAGUUGGACAUUAACUUAUGAUGAUGAAGGGAGAGACAAAAUGUCAGAAUAGCACAUUUCUGCAAAACCAUACCUUAAUAGACCUGUCAAAUUAUUGCUAAAUUAAAAUGAUAAAACUGGAAGCUCAUGAAGAUGUUAUCAUGUACAUAAAUAUGUUUUUUGUUUUUUUUAACAUUUGAUAAAGCUGAAAGCAUAUGCCAGCACUUUAAUGAGACAAAAAACAUUAAAUAUUUCUUAAAGAGAAUUUAAUAUUUCUUAAAGAGAAUUUUCAUGUGUCUUAUGAAUGUUUACAUUUUGUUACUGCUUUUUGGACUUAAGUUAUCUUUAUAUUUGAAUAAGAAACCUUAGUUUUUAUCCAAUGGAGCUUUUUUUCAAAUUUGUACUUUUUUAUAUGUAAAUUCAACUUGAAUCUAAGAAUUUUAAAUGUCUAAUUUUUUGGAUCAAUGUGUUUGAUUUUUUUUUUUAAUAAGAACUUUUAUUGUGCAUGCCAUAAUAUUGUCUUGUAUAUAAUUUUAUGGAGUAGAGCAGUUUAUACAACAGAUUUUUCUUAGUGUUUAACUUCCUGGGGAUUAGCGAAAGAAACACAAGUGGGCUAUAGGUAUAAUUGUUUAGACUACUCAUGUCACAGCUAUGCAAUUCAUGAACUUUUUAUAUAAUAAACAUUUUGUUAGAAUGAUUUUUUUUCAGUUAACUUCUUUAUUUGUCAGGAUUUUUCUAAUUAGUAGACCACAAGGGAUUAAUUGGAAAAUAACCUAUAUUUAAGUUUAAAGAAACAUUUAUUAUUCUGUAAAGGAAACAUUUUAUAUUAACUCAUAAUGAUUGUAUUCAGUGGUGUCAACGGGCAUGGGGUCAAUAUCCAAGUUUCAUCUGGGCAAAUGGUGGGUGUUUCUAAAGUCAACAAAUACCUAAUUCAAAUUUAAAUCUAAAACAGAAGUGGUCUAAAAUUAUAUAUUUUAUAGAACCCAUAAUCUAGGUGCAUGUACAUGUGAGAGAUAAUAAAUGGGUAUUAAUUACUACUUUGGGCUGCACGCUGCAGUUCUAGCACAAGCAAAAUCCCUAGCAACAAAAUAAAUUCUGUA